CACACAUUCCUGGUUUCAGCCACUGCCAGCCACCACCCUCACUCCUCCCAGCCUGGGGACUGCUGCCCAGGCAGCCACUUCCUGCAACAGUAGCCACAGGGAGGAGGGGCCCAGACAUCACUAGCACAGCUGAGUGCCAGCAGCCCCCCGGCAAGACCCCUUGGGCCCUUGUCCCACUGCACCUGUCCAUACCAGCCCUUCCCAACAAGUUCAUUCCCAGAAAUGCCCUUGCUGUGCGCCCUCCACCUAUAUUGCCACUUCCAAAUUGGAGGGCCGGGGAGGUGCCGAUUUUAUUAUCCACGUGUGCACUGGCCUGGAGGAGCCCCAGGAAGCACACAGCAGGGAUGGGGGUGGAGUCCCCCAGGCAGGAUGGGUCAAAGAGAAAGGGUUCUUGCACAAGGCACAGGCAUACAGUCAGGCCAACCUCAUACACCCAUCUACCACUGCUGGAGUUGUCCAUAGCCGCCACCCCCCCUCUCUGCGCGUGCGCGCACACGCACACACGCGCACACACACACGCACACGCGCGCAUACGCACACACACAGCCUGGCACAAAAGACUCAAGUGCACAUGGAAGGAGAGUCAGACAGGGUGUGGCCAGGCACUCAAGGCCAGGGCAGCUGGGUGAACUUAGGCAUGCCAGGAGAAAGCCUCUUGGUUCCUGAUUUAUCCUCUUCUUCCCUGCAGAGUGAGUCGGGUGGGCACCACUGGCCUUGGAGCAUCAGUAGCACCUCGGAAAUUAGCCAACCAGGAAGAUGCUCAGGACCCUCUAGGCGCUGCUAUUGAAAGGGAAAAGGUGCACGGGCUCUGCAUAAACUCCUCCAGGCCAGGAAGGGAGGCGGAGGCCAGGCGCGGGGGAGGAGCCGACUGCUAUAAAAGCACUGCUCUGCUGGCGGCCCCACUCCAGUCCGAACACAUGUGCCCGCCUCGCCCAGCAGCCACCACCGCGGGGCGCAGCGGAGACCCCUGGCCCGGCGGCCUGUGGGGGCCUAAAGAGGCGGCAUGAGCAGCGCACCGUGGAGCUGACGCCGCGCCCCCUGCCCGGUCCAUGUCUUUCGCCAUGCUGCGCUCAGCACCGCCGGGCCGCUACCUGUACCCUGAGGUGAGCCCGCUGUCGGAGGAUGAGGACCGCGGAAGCGAGAGCUCAGGCUCCGACGAAAAACCCUGCCGUGUGCAUGCUGCGCGCUGCGGCCUCCAGAGCGCCCGGCGGCGGGCAGGAGGACGGAGGGCCGCGGGUAGUGGGCCAGGACCCGGGGGGCGGCCAGGCCGCGAGCCCCGGCAGCGGCACACCGCGAAUGCACGCGAGCGAGACCGCACCAACAGCGUGAACACGGCCUUCACCGCGCUGCGCACACUCAUCCCCACCGAGCCAGCAGAUCGCAAGCUCUCCAAGAUUGAGACGCUGCGCCUGGCCUCCAGCUACAUUUCUCACCUGGGCAACGUGCUACUGGUGGGUGAGGCCUGCGGCGACGGGCAACCAUGCCACUCGGGACCCGCUUUCUUCCACAGCGGUCGUGCGAGCAGCCCCCUGCCACCACCGCCGCCGCCACCACCGCCACCACCGCUGGCCCGAGACGGCGGAGAGAACACCCAGCCCAAACAGAUCUGCACCUUCUGCCUCAGCAACCAGAGAAAGUUGAGCAAAGACCGUGACAGAAAGACGGCGAUUCGAAGCUAGAAGAAGGAGGGUCCACAGCAGCCCAGAGGUGAUGCCACUAGUGAAGGUGGACGCCACUGAAGAGUCACGGAGAGCCUCAGCUUGCAUGGACCUGAUCUGAGCACAGGUCCCCGAGAGCACGCUCACCAGGCCAGACCUGCCCCAGCUAUGAGCAGGGCCUACGGACAGACAGGUGGACAGGCGGGCUAUGGCUUGACUCUUAGUAGCCCAACACUUCCAGGCCCACUGGAACUUUCCAUGCUGGCUCCCUACCUGGGCCAAGUGUUGGCAUCUUGUGUCUUUAAUGAUAAUAUAAAGUCUGGAAAUUUUGUAUAACUAAAAAUGAAACAGUAUCUUCCAAACUGAGGCAGACUAUCCUCUUGAAAGGAUCUGAACUUACUCUGACCCUAGCUCUCUCACUCUGUCUUCCCAGAGUGAGGACAGGUUUACAUCACCCAUCAAAAGCCUUGUGCUAGGGGUCUG